AUGUCUGACAAGAAUGUAUUACAAUUAGAAGUGAUCACAACUGUUCAAUCCGAAAACAUCAUUUCACCAUCCUCUUUAUCGUUGUUCAUGGUAAUGGAUAGAACUAUUAUCUCAGAAUAUAUUUUUCAUUCUCUAAACAAUACUGAGUUUCCAGAUGAGAAAUUUGCUCGAUCGGAUGCAAAUCACGAUGAUAAAUUGACGUUCAAUGAGUUCCUUCAUACUGAACUUGCCUAUGAACACGUCAAAAGAGAUGAAUUCAAAAUGCUUGAUUUAAAUAACGACGGUUUUAUUUCAAUUGGGGAAUAUCAACAAAAUCUAGACGAUGAAAAAGAGAGGUCGAUCGAACGUCGGGCACAAUACUUUGGAAAAAUUUAUGAGGACUUCGACGAGGAUUUUGAUAUGAAGAUGAGUGAACAAGAAGUGAGGCGAAUGCUCGCCCAGCGUUUCCUCUUGAAGCCUCGAAAUAACUUCGCAAGAAUUUUCAACUCAUUCGAUGCAAACAAAAAUGGUGGCCUCGAAAUUGAAGAAUAUCUGAAAUUCGACGAACAGUUACCAUUCGAAGAAAUGGAUCCAAUUGAUGAGGAAAUGAAAAACGAAUCAACUGUUGCGCUCAAAAGGGAAAAGGAAAAAUUACCGUUGGUUAAGAGGCAAAAAGAUAACAAAAAACCGUAA